GUGUAACGUUAUAGCUGUAGAAAAUCAAUAUUCCAUCACCGUGCCAAUGGUAGAGGCACAACAUUAGUGGAGGCGUACUGUGAUAACCUAGUACACGCGCGGAAUGGCAGAGUUUUCGUUGAACAUACAAAAACACAUAAAAACAAGUUUCGUUGUAAGUGGAAAAUUCGAUGGAUCGCACGCGUGCCUCGCGGCCGCCACACCUGGCGGUACCAUUUUGGUGCACAGUCCUCACAGACAACCGCAGAUCAACUUUUCCGACGAGAAACAAUCUAACAAGAGAUUAUCUUGGAGCGGAGAACUGGCGGAGCUUCAAAUCGGUACCGAGGUGAAGUCACUGUGCACUGGCCGUCUUGGGGAAGACGAGAGAGACAUUCUUUUGGUCGGCACCAUUACUCAUGUACUCGCUUAUCACAUCGAAGACAAUGCCGAUGUUUUUUAUAAAGAGAUGUCAGACGGCGCUAAUUGUAUGAUCGUCGCGAAAGUUGGUUGGUUACCGCACCAGGUUGUCGUGGUGGGUGGCAAUUGUUCAGUGACGAUUUUAGACGCGCAAGGCAUGGAAAUAUUUUGGACGGUGAUGGGGGGUAUCGUCACUUCGUUAAUAGUGUAUGAUUUUGAUGGAGACGGAGAAAACGAGUUACUGACCGGUACAACAGAUUAUGAAAUCAAAGUGCAAAAGGAGGAUGUGAUACUUUGGGAAGCUAAAGAAACAGCGGCAAUUGUCGCCCUGACCGAUUUACCACACAGACAAUUUGCUUACGCGGUUGACAAUGGUACUAUUGGCGUCUAUGAAGCGGGACAAAGAUUGUGGCGAGUUAAGUCGAAACACAAAGUAGUGUCCGUAGGAACUUUUGAUAUAAAUGGCGAUGGCGUACCAGAACUAAUCACCGGUUGGAGUACCGGGAAAGUGGACGCAAGGACAUAUAAUACUGGCGAAGUUAUAUUUAAGAUUCAAUUGUCCUCUGGUGUAGCGGGUAUAGUAGAAGCCGAUUAUCGAAGAACGGGCAAACCUGACUUGGUGAUGGUUUCUGUUAAUGGUGAAGUACGUGGAUAUAGUGCUGGUUCUGCCAUGCAAGCUCCAGAACCUGGCGAAAUAGUACGUGAAUUAUUGGCCAAGAAGCAAGCGCUCCAAAUGGAAUUGCGACAAAGAGCAGCGACAGGUUCCAAUAUGUACCACGGAUCCAGAUUGGCGAUUAGCUUGCUAACGAAGAGAGGCGCGGCCCGCGUUGCUCUUGCUGCCGGACCUGGACUUUUGGUUCAUUGUGCCAUAGUGUUCGCCGAGGGUGUUUUCGAGGGUGAAACGCUGGUGACACAUCCCAAUCACCCACAAGGCGAACUGGAAAUCGCGCUAUAUCCUGCUAAAAAUGAUCCUGUCGAUAUUCAUAUUAAAGUGUACGUCGGACCUCCUAACACUGAUUUGUUGCAGGUUUUCGAAAUAACGCGGCAAUUGCCGAGAUUUUGUAUGUACGAGCUUAUUCCGAGGCCUCAACAGAUCCCGGAAGAAUUAUUGAGUAACGGUGUUGUAGCUGAUGUUGCGGAGAGACCGCAACGUAUUGCUAUUUGGUUAAACCAGAGUCUCAUUCUCGGCGAGGAACUAGAAGUCGCAGAGAGCGGCCUGAAUGCUGGCUGCAUUGAGAUAUGGUUGCGCGGCAUGCGAGACAAUAAAGUGCACUGUUUCAAGUCGAACGCCAGUGGAAAGGUGACCAUCCAGACAGACGAUUCGACAUUCGCCGGUGAUAUCAUUCAAUCUCUCGCUAUGUAUCUGGGCGUCAGGGAACUGAGCUCGGAAGCGACGUUCCCGGCGGAAGAGAGUAGGAUGCUGGACUCAUUAGAACGCGUUAAGGGUUUAAAAGAAGUUGAUGCGCGACUUCAGGCAGAAGCUGCAGGCGGCGCAACUCUUCUCAAAAGUAUCAUAAUUCGUUUAGAGGAUGCUAGAAUUCUCGAGAAUGUCGAUGACAUGCGGAGGAGACUAACGCAGUUGAAGAACAUAAAUGGAGAUUUGAUUCGCGAACACGAGAUUCGGCUGAACAGUUAUCGGGAGCUCGCAACUAGUUUAAAAGAAUUAAAUAUCGGUGUGCAGCGCGCAGCGAGACUUAGGGUCGGGAAAGCUGCUUCCAAUACGGUGGCACGUUGCAGAGCGGCAAUACAAGACGAAAAUCCGAAGGCUCUAGGGCUUGCACUAAGACACGGAUAAUUCUUACUACAUUCCAUACUACAUUAUUUAUCGUACAUUUUUUCCUUCUUA